AAGGCUUAAAAUAGACUUCUCGGUUCAUAAAAAGGCAUCCUUGGUCGAGAGAGAGAGAGGGAGACAGGCAGAUGAUGGGUUCAAUGGCAUCCCCGCCGCAGAGUAGCUAUUGCUACAUCAGAAGCCACAACGGACGACGCUCCAUUCGAUCUCGCUCUGUUCGCCUUUCAACUGUCUCUCGCCAUCAUCAUCAGCAUCAGCAGCAGGAGCAACAGCAGCUUAACGGCGAACCCGCCGACCAAAUUGGACGCAGGGAAAUUAUACUGAGGAGCACCGAAGUUGCGGUAAUUGGAGCCAUUUUCAACUUCAGCGGAAAGAAGCCGGGCUACCUCGGGGUGCAGAAGAACAAUUCGGGGCUGGCGCUGUGCCCGGCCACCAACAACUGCAUAUCAACGUCCGAGAAUGUCAGUGAUCUCACCCACUAUGCCCCUCCCUGGAACUACAACCCGGAGGGGAGGCGUGGAAACAAAAGCAGAGAAGAUGCAAUGCAGGAGCUUCUUCAAGCGAUUCAAUCAACAAAGCCAGACAAGUCCACUCCAAGAAUUGUGGAGAAGAAAGAUGAUUAUGUUCAUAUAGAAUAUGAAAGCCCUAUACUUGGUCUUGUGGAUGAUGUUGAAUUCUGGUUUUCACCCGGCAAGAAACCGAUUGUUGAGUACCGGUCUGCAUCCCGGUUGGGGAACUUUGAUUUCGACGCAAAUAGAAAAAGAAUCAAGGCAUUGCGUUUGGAGCUGGAGAAGAAAGGAUGGGCUUCGGAAAAUGGCUUCUGAAAAACCUCAGCUUGCCCAUUGUACCAUCUGCAUGGACAACUUUGAAAGUUUAAUAAGACCUCUGAACUCUUUCUUUGUUUCUGCUGAGAAACCAAACAAAUGGAAGCCCCUCAUUUAAGGUGAAGCUCAUAUGAUAUGAAUAAAAAACGGUAUGCAAAUGUGAAUUACCAUUUGUUUUCUAUUCUA